CUCAGUCUUGAGUUCCCCUCCUUCCUCCUCAGUCUAGUUUCAGUUUAAAGGUCGGUCCUGCAUCGUGAACAUCGUGAAGUUCAAAUCAAGAGAAGCCUGAAUAGGCUGACAGGUGUCCUCUGCAGGCUGCUUGUCAUGGGACAGGUGGGGGUGAUGGACACCAUCUCUCUGCAGAUGUGUUGUCUGUGUGGGAAGGACACUCCCACCUUGAAAACCGGCUUGUGUGGGGAUGGGACUGAAGCUCAGAGGAUCCUUGAGCGAGACGAUCCUGAGCCUGCACCCAGUUAUUUGUCCAUGAAGAGCAACCAGUCGAUGGCGGACCCGAUUCAGUUUGGAGUAUCUGGAAAUGAAAGGCUACAGCUGCAGAGACCAGACUUUUGUGAGCCCAGGUGUCUGUCCAUCAAGUCCCACCAGUCCAAGUCUGACUAUAUUUACUUUAACGGAGGACCUCCAUGUAAGGAUCAGAUAAUCCUUGAAAGAGUAGACGAUCCUGAACCUGCAACCAGCUGUUUGUACAUGAAGAGCAACCAUUCGAUGGCAGAUCCGAUUCAGUUUGAAAAAUCUGCUGAUGAAAGAGUCGACCCACAGAGUGCAGAAACCAGCAGUCAGUCAGAUCUGCAGAAUCAAACCGACCUGGACUCUGUAUUUCAGCGGCUGGAGGACAAUGUCCUCACUUUGGUGAAGGAUGAGCUGAAGAGGUUGAAGAAGGUUCUGAGUUCAGACUGCGCAGAACCCUCAGAGAGUUUGAAGGAGGAAGAGGAUGAGGUACAGAAAAGGAGCAGCAGUGCGGCUUUGAUGAAGAUUGUAGUGUACCUCCUCAGGGCCAUGGAGCACGAGGGGCUGGCUGACAUUCUGCAGAGCAGAUGUCCUGAUCAACUUUGUGUGCAGCAGAAACUUAAAUCUAACCUGAAGAAGAAAUUCCAGCGUGUCUUCGAGGGGAUUGCUAAAACAGGGAACCUGACCUUACUGAACCAGAUCUACACAGAGCUCUACAUCACAGAGGGAGGGAGCGCAGAGAUCAGUGAUAAACAUGAAAUCAGACAGAUCGAAACAGCAUGCAGGAAAACAAGCAAACCAGAAACAACCAUCAGACAAGAAGACAUCUUCAAACCCUCUCCUGGGAGAGAUGGACCAGUCAGAACAGUGCUGACAAAGGGAGUGGCUGGCAUCGGGAAAACAGUCUUAACACAGAAGUUCACUCUGGACUGGGCUGAAGACAAAGCCAACCAGGACAUCCAGUUCACAUUUCCCUUCACUUUCAGAGAGCUGAAUGUGCUGAGAGAGAGAAAGUUCAGCUUGGUGGAACUUGUUCAUCACUUUUUCACUGAAACCAGAGAAGCUGGAUUCAGGAGGUUUGAAGAGUUCCAGGUUUUGUUCAUCUUUGACGGUCUGGAUGAGUGUCGACUUCCUCUGGACUUCAGCAAAAAUCAGAUCCUGACUGAUGUUACGGAGUCCACUUCAGUGGAUGUGCUGCUGACAAACCUCAUCAAGGGAAACCUGCUCCCCUCUGCUCGCCUCUGGAUCACCACCCGACCUGCAGCAGCCAAUCAGAUCCCUCCUGCGUGUGUUGAUGUGGUGACAGAGGUCAGAGGGUUCACUGACCCUCAGAAGGAAGACUACUUCAGGAAGAGGUUCAGUGAUAAGAAGCAGGCCAGCAGAGCCAUCUCCCAAAUCAAGACAUCACCAAGCCUCCACAUCAUGUGCCACAUCCCGGUCUUCUGCUGGAUCACUGCUACAGUUCUGGAGGAUGUGUUCAACACCAGAGAGGGAGGAGAGCUGCCCAGGACCCUGACUGAGAUGUACAUUCACUUCCUGGUGGUUCAGACCAAACGGAAGAACAUCAAGUAUAACGGAGGAGCUGACAUGGAUUCACACUGGGAUAAAAGAAACAGACAGACGAUCGUGUCUCUGGGAAAACUGGCUUUUGAGCAGCUGCAGAAAGGAAACCUGAUCUUCUAUGAGUCCGACCUGACAGAGUGCGGCAUCCAUACCAGAGAGGCCCCAGUGACCUCAGGAGUGUUCACACAGAUCUUCAAAGAGGAGAGAGGACUUUACCAGGACAAGGUGUUCUGCUUCAUCCAUCUGAGCGUUCAGGAGUUUCUGGCCGCUCUUCAUGUCCAUCUGACCUUCACCAACUCUGGACUCAACCUGCUGUCAGGAGCCCACACAGCAUCUAACAAUACUCAGGAGACACAGUUCUACCAGAGUGCUGUGGACCAGGCUUUACAGAGCCCAAACGGACAUCUGGACUUGUUCCUGCGCUUCCUCCUGGGUCUUUCACUGCAGACCAAUCAGACUCUCCUGAGAGGUCUGCUGACACCAGCAGAUACUAGCUCACAGACCAAUCAGGAAACAGUCCAGCACAUCAAGAAGAAGAUCAGUGAGGAUCUGUCUGCAGAGAGAAGCAUCAACCUGUUCCACUGUCUGAAUGAACUGAAUGAUCUUACUCUUGUGGAGGAGAUCCAACAGGCCCUGAGAUCAGGACGUCUCUCUCCAGAUGGACUCUCUCCUGCUCAGUGGUCAGCUCUGGUCUUUAUCUUACUGUCCUCAGAGAAAGACCUGGACGUGUUUGACCUGAAGAAAUACUCAGACUCCGAGGAGGCUCUUCUGAGGCUGCUGCCAGUGGUCAAAGCCUCCCACAAAGCUUUGCUGGGUGGAUGUAACCUCUCAGAGAGAAGCUGUGAGGCUCUGUCCUCAGUUCUGAGCUCACAGUCCUCCAGUCUCAGAGAGCUGGACCUGAGCAACAACGACCUGCGGGACUCAGGAGUGAAGAUUCUGUCAGAGGGACUCAAGAGUCCACACUGCACCCUGGAAGUUCUCAGGCUGUCAGGCUGUCUGAUCUCAGGAGAUGGCUGUGCUUCUCUGGCCUCAGCUCUGAGCUCCAACCCUACUCAUCUGAGAAAGCUGGACCUGAGCUUCAACAAUCCAGGAGACUCAGGAGUGGAGCAACUGUCUGCUGGACUGGAGAAUCCAGACUGGAGACUGGACUCGCUCAGGUCGAAGCCUGGUGGAGACCAGUGGAUGAGACCAGGUCUGAGGAAGUAUGUCUGUGAGCUCACCUUCGACACAAACACAGUCAACACCAACAUCAAGCUAGCAGACGGAAACAGGACAGGGACAUAUGUGGAGGAGUAUCAGCCGUAUCCUGAUCAUCCAGACAGAUUUGACAAGAGUCCUCAGGUGCUGUGUGAGACAGGUCUGACUGGUCGCUGUUACUGGGAGGUUGAGUGGGUUGGACUGGUGUACGUGUCGGUGAGCUACCGAGGAAUCAGCAGAAAAGGAGACAUGUCCGACCGCAGGUUGGGAAGGAAUGAUCAGUCCUGGAGUUUGGAGUGCUCUGAGGAUGGUUAUUGUUUCUGGCACAAUAACAAAGCCAUAUACAUUACCACCACCUCCUCCUCCUCCUCAAACAGAGUUGCAGUGUAUGUGGACUGUCCUGCUGGCACUCUGUCCUUCUAUAGUGUCUCUGGUGACAAACUGAUCAACCUGUACACCUUCACCUGUGCCACCUUCACUGAACCUCUUUAUCCCGGGUUUGGUUUGGGUUUCUGGCCCAACAGGUUCGGUUCUACAGCGUCUCUGUGUUCUCUGCAGGAAGAAGGAGGGUUGCCUCUGUCUGAAAAACUCUGAACACAAAAUCCACUGCGUAAAGAACAGUGCAGUGCUGUAGUGGAGGAAACCAAACCUUGAGUCCAAUUUGAGUCUGAAGUCCUCAGUGUUCAAAUCAGAGAGGAGUCUGAGUCAUCAGAGAAGAUUCUAAUCAAGUCCAGGUUGAGUCACUAUUACCUGAGUCUGAGGCCAUUGCUCAUUGAUGAUAUUGAUAUUUUUAUUACAAGAAGGGUGGCUGUUUGACUCCAAACUACUGACUGCCUGAUCCUGGACUGACUGUGGGACACUUUGGAUGUGUAGAAAAAACAUUUCUCCUGUCGUGUGUCUGGAGAUUGAAAUGAUCAAUGAAGUUACCCUGCUGUAGGAUGCACUUAUUGACUCUGCUGCAGGGGGAUGUCUUCAGGUGUCAAAGAAAUCCAAGAAGUCUGCCAAAGUUCGAGCUCGUCUUGAACAUGUUGCUCUGCUUUGCUGCAAUUAUUGUAAAAUCUUUGAUUGCAAAAUGCUCGAUUCGCAGCGUCUCUUUAUCCUGGCAGGGACUGUAGCUGAACAAGACCGCACAUGAACGUGCAUGCAAGGGAAUCCAUGUGCUAGCUGUGAACUGAAUACAUUACAUUAAUAAAUAUAUAUAAAUAUAGUCUAAUAUAAAAAUGUAUAUAUCAUUUUUAAGCUGGAGUCCUGGAAUUGAAGUUCUACAACACUGGAAUCAUGCAUCUGAUUUAAGCUAGCAUGAGGUCAAAGAGGGGGCGAGAGAGGAAACAUGAGGGACUCAUAGAAGUUAAAGGGAUACAAAAAAAAAUGUAGAGAUGCAUUAGUGUGUAUAUUCUGUUUUAAGAUUCAUCUUCCUUUAUUUUUUGUAUUAUUUAUUUUAAUAUAAUUUUAUUGUAGGUAAAACAUUUUAGGAGUCAAAUGGAGCUGCUUAUUUCUCAAAUCUGUUUAAGACACCUGAUAAGAAUAAGGCUGAAGUGCUUCUACUAAUGAAGCACGAUGAACAUGUUACAUAAAUAUAGUUCAUAUGAAAACCACACAGGAACCACAAAGUGCUUUCAUAUCUUGCUUUAGUUCCUGCCUGUUUAAGUUAUGAGUUAUCCUUUUGUCUUGUCCUGUGUUGCGUAAUAGUGAUUCAUGUCCGGUGUUACAUUAUCAUUCGUUACCUUUGUGUUCGCGUGGUGCUUGUGUGUUUGGUAUUUCACUUCCUACAUUGUCCUGCCUUGUGAUUGUGUGUCCUGCCUUCAUUGUCAACACCUGUGCCUUGUGACUUGUGACUUGUUAUUAAGGGUUGAAAAAAAAUACUUAUGACAGUAAAUAACUUUUCUAAAGAGUCUUGGUCACUCUAUGUGGACAACAACUUUCCAACUUUUCAUUAGUGAAUUUUCCAACUCAGAAACUUGUUUUUCCGAUGUGUCCGACAUCAUAUGAAUGCAGCAUCUCUAUGCUUCCUCCCUUCUGUUUCAGGUUGUUGUCAACAUUUUCAUGGUCCUUGUGGUUUUCUUUGUGACUUUUGUGGGGACUAUUUCAUUGUAAGUUUUCUUUGUUUUGCUUUUUGGAUUUUGUUAAUAAAAUCUUCAUCAUCUGCU